AAAUAGUCCAAAAAUUAAUUAAAACGCUUUAAUUUCUUGGAGCAUAAAAUGCCUCUCAAGAAAUCCGGAAGCAACGAAUAUUUAUCGAGCUCAGCUCUCGACUAUUACAACCGUUUCGCCAAAAAUCGUGGUUUGGAAAAAUAUUUCCGCAACAGCAAAUUGUCAAAGUCUCAUCGGACCUCCAGCGAGACUUGUUUGAACACCGAAAACCCUGAAACGGAAAAUAUCAGCAGCGAAUUCGCCAAAUCCUUGACAAACUUGAAAUUAAGUGAUUGCGAAAUCAACAAAAGUCAACGUAAUUCGACGGAAUUUUCGUGUGAACAUCAUGCCAUUGUCGCACAUAAGUCGGUCGAUGCCACGACUCCGGUUAAAGAAUCGUCAGCGAUGACAGAUGAACUCUCUGGGAUCGCUGAAUUACCUACAGAAAAGAAUGUAAAUUUGAAUUUAUUGUCGAAAAUUGAGAUUUCUUUGCCGCCACAGCCAAUUUCUUCGGUAGUUUCUGUCCCAAUUCCUGCGGAAAAUCCUCCGGUGCCGCAAUUACCGCAACUUUACGUGACACAACAGAAAAUUUUGUACUGCGUCGAGACUCAAACGUGUCCCGAACAGCAAGAAUCCGCUGAUGAGCCGAUAAAACCGAACAUAAGUCACCCCAAAAAAUUGGAUGACUCUAAAAAUGACGAAUGGCAAACGUCUCCCAAUGAAAGUGUGACGUCAAAAGAGCAUCGUCUCGAAUGGGAUUCCCUCGCGGACGUCGGUUACAGUCAAGAAUUCCAAAUUUGUGACCAAUCGGCGUUGUCAAAUACGGAAAAGAAGGCCAUUAAGUCGUACAUGCGCAAACAGGGGCUGUCCUCGAGCGAUCAAAUUGUCAUCGUAAAAAAUUCCCCGGGCAAGCAGGAUGACGCGACACCUCGUCAGGCACGAAGACGCUCCCUAAACAACGAAAACUGGAUGGAAGUUUACACGAAAUACAAGGACAAGUACGCGACAGAGCCGAAAUUCGCCCCGAAAAUGUUCUUACCAGAUGCGCAAAGUACUCCGAUGGAUGCGCCACGCAAAAAAUUCACCGAAAAAAUCAUCCAGACGACUCUUCAUGAGCUUCGAAACAAAUCGGUGCAAGUGACGCCCUUCAAAUCGAUGCAAGAUGUGACCGUUCAUGAGCCCGUCGAGGCUUUAAAUAAAAGUUCGGAGACGGAACAAGUGCUGCAAGUUGUUAAAACUGCCGAAAAUGAUGAACAAACGAGCAUGGAAUCGGGAAGUUUCACGUUUAUCGGUCCGCAAAACGAGAUAAAGGAAGAAAUUUUACUGAAAACGCCUCAAAAAAAGCAUAAAUCCCCGAAAAAACUGCCGAAACCGCCACCAAAGUCAUCAACGGAUAGCAGUAGAGAGUCUACCGAAGACACAUCUCCUCCCGUAGAUGAAGAACUCCAAAUGGCCAUCGCUCUGAUGAACUCCGUACUCGAUUCGAAGACCAUGAAAAAUGCCAUGAAGAAAUCUCUCAUCAAAAAAUUGAUGCAAAAAAUCUUCAAACUCGCUUCAUUGGAGAAAAGUGAGGAAAUUUUGACCAAAAUUGGGUCUUGUAGCUCCUCAACGAUAUCAGAAUCGACUUCUUAUCGCAAAAUUAAGAGCUUUCACGCAGAAAUCUCUCCUAAAACUAACGAAAAAGAAGAAAAAUCCGCAAAAACUGAUGCCAGUGAGGAAAUUCCGGUAUACAGUUCGGCAGAAAAUGUUCACGAUACCUUCGAAAAAAGUUUUUUGCUGCAAAAUUUCGUUAAGGAAACCUUAAAACCGAUGACUCAUUCGGAAAUUUCCUAUGAAAAUCAAAAAAGUUCGUCAUCGACGCAUAUUUCGAGUUCAACAAGUGCUAAUUUUGCCUCGAAAGAAAGUUCCUCGUCGACUUCGACGUUACGUGAUGGCGAAAGUAUGAAACGAAAGUUGCAACAGCUCCUGACAAUUGAAAAAGAAAUUGAUCGUUUAGCCCAAAUCAAGGAAAAAGUCCAAUCGGAAAUGCGAAAAACGAAAAAUACGGAAAAAAUUUAUGAAAAUAUUAAUUUUAAGGAAAAAGGAAGGUCGAGAUUAGGCACGCCGACGUCUUUGGACAAUAAUUUGGUGCAAAGGAAGGAAAAUUUCAUGGAGCAAUAUGUGAAUCAGCAUGGAAAAUUGUAUGAUUCAGUGGAUUCCGUGAGUAAAAAUUACACAAAGCCUUACGGAACGACGGGAAAAAGUGCUUCGGACAAUGAAAGAUUGCGAAAACUUUCGUCAAGGGCUUCUUCUGGGGCAUCAGGGACUUCAAGUAAACCGUAUGUUGAGCCAAAAAAACAUACGGAAACCCAAACCACGGAUUCGCUGCGACGAAUUUCGCCAUAUUUUGAGAAUAAAAGCCCUGAGGACGCGCAAAAACCUCAAAUUAUCAACAAAACUCAAAUUAACAAGCAAAUUCAAACAAAUUGUCUACAAGCUCAAGCUUAUUCAAUCGUUUUUGACAAAGAUUUCGCACCAAAAGAAAAUGACGAACGCUUGCCAGGUCAAACGCUCAAAGAAUAUUUGGGAGAAAAGAGACCGAAAAUUCUCCAAGCGAUGGAUGAACGUAACGAAUGUAUAAAAGAACUGCGAAGACUGAGGCAGUUAAGGAACGAACAACGACAAAAACUGUUGCUGCUCACGUCAGAAACUUGUUUGAAGGAAAAGUUACGAAAAUUACCGCCACCUCCGUUAGCUCAAAAGAGAUUAUUCAGUACAAGAGCCUUGAAACUCCAUUCGCUGAAACAAUACCAAAAUUUACCGGAAGUGCUGAAAAAGAAAGAAGUUGAAAAGUUGAAUAAUUUGAAGAGGAAACAUCGGGUUUUGUUGGAUAUGUUUAAUAAGAAUUUACAGCAAAAAGUUUUACAAGGAAAAACUGAUUUGUCGUAUAAUUUUAAUUUAUUUACGAAUACUAAAUGA